AUGGAUGCCGGUGUCGGAAACUUGCGGGCGCACGUUGGUACAGGUUUGCACGACCAGAGCAGAAACCGUGAUGGCAGCGAAGCCCACCAGCCAGGCCGCGAUGGCCUUCAGACGGGUGCAUCUGAGACGCUGCACCAUGCAGAACUGGACCCGCUGCAGCAGCAGCAGAUCAACCAGGUGCUGCAGCCAAGACCUGGCUUGCGGAAGCGGACCGAGGCUUUGGCAAUGACCGUGGAGGAGCACCGAAAGUUGGCGCUGGAGUCGUUGCGACGCUGGCAAAAUGUGGAGGCCUUGGCCAUCGGCUGCUUUGCAUAUCGCUUUGGCAGUGAGGGCUUUCACUGGAUUUCGAGAGAGUCGCUCUGCCUGGACGCCAACAAGUUCUACGUCCUGCUCUGA